AUGCUACGGAGCACAAGGUCGAGUGCUGCCGCUUCAGCGCUGCGUCGACGCUCCCGAGCGAUCUUCGGCACUUCUAACAGGCCACAGACGCCAUCAAGACGCCUUUCUAGUAUUGCAUCCGUUCCUGAUGUCUAUAAAUCUUCUGACAAUAGCAAGAAGCAUGUGGUCGUGGGGAUGUCUGGCGGCGUGGACUCUUCGGUGGCUGCACUACUACUCAAACGCCAAGGUUAUCACGUCACUGGAGUAUACAUGAAAAACUGGGACCCUAGUGAUGAAGAAGGAGAGUCGGCGUGUCCUGUAGACUCCGAGUACUUGGACGUGCAGAAGGUCUGCGAGCAGCUCGGUAUUGAGGCGCAGAUGGUGAACUUGGUACAGUCGUACUGGAACCAGGUGUUUGCUCCGUGUCUGGAAGGGUACGAAGAGGGUUUGACGCCGAAUCCGGACAUAUUGUGCAACCGGGAGAUCAAGUUUAAAGCUUUCACGGAAUACGCGAAGAAAAUUGGCGCGGACUAUGUGGCUACGGGUCAUUAUGCAGCAUUGCGGCCUGCACAUGGCUGCGGACCACCGAAUCUUUGUGCGGCGGAGGAUGAUACGAAAGACCAGAGCUAUUUUCUGUCGAGUGUGGACGGCAGAGCGUUCGCUAAUGUGCUGUUCCCGCUGGGAGGGAUGCGGAAGACUGAAGUCCGGCAGAUUGCAGAGCGUGAAGGUCUUUGCACAGCGACGAAAAAGGAUUCGGUCGGCAUUUGCUUCAUUGGCAAGCGCAACUUUGCGGACUUCAUCCACCAAUAUAUCGAACGACAGGAGGGGUAUUUCUACACUGUAGACGGUGAAAAGAUGCACUCACACCUCGGAUUUACGGCUUACACUGUAGGUCAAGGUGCACGACUUCAAGGUAUGAGUGCAAAGUGGUUUGUUGUUGGGAAGCACAAGUCCGACCACUCCGUGAUAGUAGCCGAGGGUACACGUAACCCCGCUCUCUUCUCGGACACGCUCUUCGCCUCAGCAACGGAGUUUAACUGGAUGGCAGGAGUUUUGCCUCAAGAGCUCCGUGAUACUGGCUGCAUGCGCUGCUUCUAUAGAGUUCGUUAUCGUCAGGACUUGGAUGAAUGUACGAUCUCGCUCGUGUCGAACCACGAGGUUCGCGCUAGUGCUAGCAAACUCCAUGACUGGCAGCCCGAGCCACUGGCAGAUGGUGAAGAUGAAGAAAGCAGGGAGAGAAGCUACUUACGGGUAGACUUUGACCAUCCACAGCGCGGUGUCACGCCAGAACAAGCCUUAGUGUUGUACCGUGACGACGGACUUUGCUAUGGUGGCGGUCCAAUUGCUGCGGCUGGUGAGACUUACUACGAGCAGGGUAAACCUCUCGCUGACGAUGUCCAUGACUGGCAUAGACAAGGAUAG